AGAAGGAUUUGUAUUUGAAUUGCUGGCAGGGCCCAGGGAUUCUUCAUCAGACAGAGAAAGAUGCCUCGACACAAGUGGCAGAAAGUUUUGUACAAGGACCAAGGAGUGCCUGACAACUAUGUGGAUGAAACCUUUCUCGGAGAAUUGAAGAACAAAGUCACCACAUACAAGUUGCCAUAUGUGAUCCUGGAAUCUGGUGUCGUAACACAGCAAAUAAGCAGUAUCUGCCUGUUCGUGGUCCUGUUCAUUUACAUGGAGCAAGACUUGCUAUCGCCGGAGAGUCUCCUGUACAUGAAUGCUGCUUUGUCUCUGCUUGGAUAUGUUGCAUAUGAUAGCAUCGACAGAGGGCAAGACCGCAAGGAAAGUGGCAGAUCAAGGUGGGAUGAUGUGAAAAGUACAGCCAUAUUUGUUGCCUUCUCCUACGGUUUAUCGCCAAUCUUGAAGACACUCACAGACACUAUCAGCACGGACACUAUCUAUGCUAUGACUGUUUUUAUGCUUCUGGGGAAUUUGCUAUUUCAUGACUAUGUCACAACUGAAACAAGGGCAAGGAGACCAGUCUCUCUCAAUGCUUCCAUCUUCGCAUCGGUGUGUCUGGCAUCCCGACUCCCAUCCACCCUGCACGCCUUUGCCACUGUCACUGUUGCUAUGCAACUCUUUGCACUUUGGCCAGAACUCAGAAGAAAACUUAAGGUACAUUUUCCCGGGACUCAGAUCCCACUGACAGUGAGCUCUGCCCUUGCUGCUCUGUGUGCUCUAAUCUCUGUCAGUCACGUAGGGGCAAUCAUCUUCAUCCUUAUACAUCUUGCCAUUACAUUCCUGGUUCCCGUCUGCCUCAUACGCUUGCAACUUUUUAAAAACAAUAUCCAUGGACCAUGGGAUGAAGCUGUGAUUCAACAUUGACAACUGCUGCCCGGAGUACGAACCAUUGGAUCAAGAGCUUCCUAUAACGUGUGUGUAUGCCACUUGUUGGGCAUAGGCAUCUUAAGUAUCUUUGAUAAUAGGCACUAAGAAAGGAAAUCAGAUGCUAUUUAGCACUGUGACAAGCCGUACUUUUAGGCCUGACCGGAUGUCAUGAUGCUAGUAUGCAUACAGUUGUUUUGCCAAUGGAACUGCUGUCCAUUUCAGAGAUACCGUUACAGUGUGUGAGGCAUGGCUUGUCCGAGCCAUAUCAGUCGCAUGGCUCUCUUAAUUUGUCAAUGGCUACUUGCCCGUUACUUUUAACCAAAUGCCUGUCGUACAGAUUGAUCCAGUCAUUUUUUAUCCCGUAUUGUGUGCAUAAAACCAUUGGUCUCGUAUAUAAUUAGUACCUUUCAACAUGGACUCUAAAAGUAUAUUGUUCCCAAUUGGUUACUGAAAAGAUGGAACUCAUUUUGCACAAAUAGUUCGAGGCCAUCUUUUUGUAAUAAACAGGUACAUGUAUUUAUACAGCAGUUUUAACAACAGUAGCUUGAUGCUGCCCUCUUGGCUGAUGUAAAGUGCUUUGAUCAUAGUUAAAAGCAAUACAUGUACACAUGUAUACAAUAUUAUGUACACAUGUAUACGAGAACUUGUUAAUAUUAAUUUAUUAAGGGCUUAUUUAGACUCCACUGUCCGAUUACACUCACGGGCAUCCAUCUUUAUUAUCAUAAGGGAAAGCCAUCUUGACACAAUUGAUGUCUUUCUUCACAGUAAGAAAACCUUGCCCAAUGCACUGAGUGUAGCUUCCAUAGAACUCGGACAGCAUGAUUUAACUACAUUUGGCAUGUUAUCAAUGUUUCACACACAUUUUUCUGUUUAGUUUGUUCUCCAUUUGUGUCAUAUAUUUAUUAUUUAGUUUGACUGUGAACAAGAUAUGCCCGCUGUAGGCUUCAGGAUUAUUUUAUUACAUGAGUAAAAGUGAAAUAAAUUCACAUUUUCCUAGCUCUGUGUAUGCUGUGUUACAUUAUUGCAAAUUUAUGUUACAGAAGAGGUAUUGGAAUGGACCAUAACAAUUAUCCUAAUAUGUCAUCUGUUCCCGUUAUUUAAAGGGACUCUACGUCCUGGAAUAUGGCCAUUUUGGGCUACAAAACGCACUUUAAAUCACGUUCUGAACGAAAUGUUAAUCGGAAAGAACGUUGAAAAGUAGGAUUUCAACAUAUCCACACAACUAUCCCUUAAAAAUUACGCGUUUUUUGGUGUCAUUCUUGAGUUAUACGUGCGAUACCGUUAUACUAGUUUUAAUAUUCCAUCCAUAAAGUGUUUGUCUUUUGCAGAUGUGUAAGCAUUUUGUGCAUUGGUGCUGUGUGUAAUUUAUGUGACACACACAACGUGUAUCGUACAUUGACUGAAAAUGAAAGGAAAAAUGUAUGCGCACUCCGACGUAUCCGAUGUUAAACAGCCGUUUUUGUGUGUGUCUCUUCUUGGGAGCUGAAGACAUUAGGUUGGUUCCCCAGUCAGACGUUUGAAAUAGGAUUAGUAAACAAUCCAAAACAUGAAAUUUUAGGGAAUUUCAAGACUUAGUGCCCUGUUAAAGUCCAUUUUACAAAGAAAUGAUGCCCUCCUUAAACAUGUUUUAAUCCUUGUACAUGUUUUAAUACUAAAGUAAAAAAAAAAGUCUCGCAAAUUCUGUACAAAUAUUACAAAAACUAAUAUACAUAUUCACAUACAAAUAUUCAAGUCCAUACAUGUACAUGCUCAAAAAGUUGACCUCCACACACGGAAGACAUAAAAAAAAA